CCCUUGUGUUCCUUUAGCUUGUUUAUUCGUUUAAGUUUUAAUUUCCGCAAAAAGUUACGUUUAUUUCUACACCUACAAUUCACCCCCCCUCUUGUAGUGUUCCUAGGGAAAUAACAGGUUCAAUAAGUUCCAAUCAGAUUUAAUCAAGUCCAAUAAAUUAAAUCAGGUCCAAUAAAUUCAGUUUCGUUAAGAUUAGUUCAGUUCAGUUCAUGAUUUUACUUAUUAAGGUAAAAAAAACAUAUCCUUAAUGUAGCUCACUUAAACCCCAAAAAAAGAAAAAACAAAAAUCAUUUGACCGUUCUCAUAGAUUCACAUUGGCUUGGCCUUUGGCAGGUGGCUUUGUACUUUCUCAUUUCCCCCCUUAAAAAGAAAGAAGAAAAUAAUCCGAUGAAAAAUUGAAAACGACCGCAGUUAUAUUGGCGGGAAAGAAGGACAAGCUUGAAGAAUCUUUAGUUUUUCGAAAUUCACAGUAACAGGGAAAAAAAAGAGAGAGAAAAAGAGAUGAGUUCUUCUCAAAUGGAUGGUGGUGUGUUGCCAGAUUUAGUGUGUCAACUCGAUAACGUUCAAGGCUUCGUUGAUGCUCUCACUUCGGUUCGCUGGAAACGUCAUCAGGAUGCAGUAGUAGAAUUGUCUGAACACGGCGUCGUUUUGAUUGUAGAAGAGACUGGUUGUCUUCAAGCCAAAGUCUAUCUUCAGAAAGAGUUGUUUGUGAAAUAUGAGUAUACUGCUGAAGGACGUCCUCGAUUUGGGGUCAGUUUGGGGCUUUUGAUUGACUCCCUUAAUACCUUCUCGGUUCCUGGACACUCGAGCAUGAUCGAGCUCCAGUAUCCGGGCCCUGAUAUGCAGCUUCUCCUCAAGUCUGUUGAUUCACCGGAUGCUUGCAUAUAUGCGGAGAUUAGAACAAGAAUACCAGAUACUAUUUCGUGGGACUACAAUUUUGAGCCUGUGGGCACCACUCCUUUAAGCUUUACAGUGAAGUCUGCAGCUCUGAAAGAAGCCAUAGAUGAUCUUGAAUGGCCUGGGUCAAGUAUCAAAAUAACUUUACAACCAACUCCUCCUUCUGUUACCUUCAGAGGCGAAGGCCAUGGUGAUCUACAGAUAGACUUCAUGUAUUAUGUGAACACUGAUCUUUUGGCUGCUUUCACCUGUGAUCGGGAAGUGUCUCAUAGGUACAAAUAUAAAUUUCUGCGGGCAACAACGUCAAAUGUACCAAGCAGUGUUGUCAAAGAUAAUCGUGGAAGCAAGAUUACUGUUGGGAGAGGUGGAAUAUUAAAAGUUCAGCAUCUGGUCUCCGUUGCAAGACCAGCGCACUUACACAUCGAUUCUGCAGGUUAUCAACAACCUAGCCGGAUAGCAUACAUAGAGUUCUUUGUCAAGCCAGAAGAAGUUGAUGACUGAUUGAAUUCUGUUUAGGCCUUUUCAAGGGUUGAUCACCUUCAUUCACCAUAAGUAUCCAGAUUACUCUCUUAAGGUCGUUCUAGUUAUUUGCCACACUUUAUUUGCUAACUAUUACUCUCUAUUGUGUCCUUUACCUAUUCACCCAAUUUAUUUCUCUAAAAUUUGUGUCAAAUAGUUACUCAAACAGUUAACUUCAAUUAACUUGUCAAUAUGUAGUAUGAAAUAUACAUAUGUUUCUUACAUAAUGUAAACCGUCUAUUAUAUUUUUAAUUCAA